AUGCUCCCGUGCUUCUGGUCGUGGAAUCGCAAGACGACGCACGGGGUGACGGCCUGGAAGACCGCUUUGGGUUCGGAAUUCACUGCUUCAUGUCCACCAUUCGCUUCUUGUUAUGUACUUUUGCCUACGCUAUACCUUGUUCCCGUCCGAUUUCCUAUUCCCCGUUGUGGCCUGGUACUCCUACUUUUUAUUUCGUCUUCAGUACACUUUUUUUAUUUUUUUUGCCUCUUUUACACCAUUUUAGUGAGAUCACCCACCCCUGACCAUCUUUUUAUUUUCUGGACGUUUUUCCUUGUUCCUCUGCUGUUUCUGUGCGCUAGUUGUCAAUCUGAAGUGUUAUUGAAGAGCGAACGAUACGAUCAUGGAAGCGGGAGGUGUAUGAGCGAAGAAAGCAAGACGAAGCUGGAGAUGCUUCGGGCGGUUGUGAUGUAUUGUUCCAUGGCCAUCUGGGUGCGACAGCAGCAGAGCUCAUUCGACGAAAGGCGUAUUCAGUAA